AUGUUAGCAACUAUAAUAUCACUCUGCGUAUCACAUGUAACGGCCAUCGUGGGCGUGAAAAAUUCGAGUGGAGGUUUCUACCAAGAACAUCAAGGAAAGGUCAUGCUAAAAGCAACUCAGAUGUUAAAUGACCCUAAUAACCGAAUCACCACCCAACUUCAGCAUUUCAACAUACAUCUAAAUGAGUGCAUACAGCGAAUCAAUGAGUUCAAAAAAUGGUAUGUUGCGGUCGACAAGAAUAAAAUCCAUGUUCAUUUCCUGAACACAUACCUAAAGGCUUUGAAUUUUUUGAAUGAAGCACUGGCUAAAUACGAUUGCUUGUGGCGAAUUGUAUCAAACCAAGCGUCCAGUUGGGAAUGUUCGCACAUAACUGAAGUAGUUGCAACAUUGAACCACACUAUAAGGCUGCUAGCACCAUCGGUACAGAUUCAUCAUCAAACCAACGCAGCAACCCAGACCAGUUACGACCAGCAAAAAAUCACGAUACAAGGAUAUUUGCCAAUAUUCGACGUACAUCACUAUGAUUUUAUACAAGCAUCUGCAAUUCCACAACGACUCAACAAUAAUCUGUUUGUUAUACCUGAAAUUCAUGAAGGUAUCCUCGGACUAAAUUAUGACGAGCAAUUGUACUUCGAAAUCAGCCGGGAAGAACUUGACAAUAGCUUCGCAUUAAAUACGACAAGUUAUAUGAUUCAAUUACGGGCACUUUACAAUAUACAAAUGAAUUGCCUCAUCACUCAAGUGUACAAUAGCUACGAAGGAAAAAAUUGUUCCACGCAACACUUUCAAAUGCAGUCUAUAAUUUUGAAAAAAUUGUACACCCCGAACCCCUGGAUAUAUGCAACACCGUCACCGACCGUUGCGUACGCUCUGUGUAACGGACAAAGAAGCGAAAUCGUCCUCAAGGAGGAAGGGAUCAUCCAAUUGACUUCAGAUUGUUCCCUAACAAUGAAAGAGAUAAUCCUUCUUUCCGAACAAAGAGACUUAUCAGCAACUCUGAAGGUAUAUUUUAAGCCUUUUGCGGCCAACAUCAACUCAUCAGUGGCAAUCAAAACAGUGCCGAUACUCAAUGGAUCAACUCUCCUUGAAGCGACAGGGUCAUUCUCCACAAUAGUGCAAGAAGCAUAUAAGAACCAGGAGUUAAGCAAGAACAUGGCAUGGAAGGAAUUUCGUUCCCACGCAUUCAAUUUUCCAAUAAACCUAAUUAUCGUCAUUGGUUUAACCAGUAUCUUUAUCCUAAUACUCAUAAGAAAGAACAUCCAGUCAUUCUGUAAGACGCAGCAAUCAUCUCAAACCCAAGAACCAAAUUGGUACGAUCCCACACCAGCAGCCAACAAUGAAACAAGUAUCUAA